UUGUGGUGUCCGCAUCUUUUCUUUUCUCCCCGUCAAGAACUAGGCAAGAGCUUCGUGCGAAGCUCUUAGCAACCGCCACGGAUCAUCGAUCGAUAGGUAAGGGUCGAUAUCGAUCAUCGACGCGAGGGUCUCUCUUCGUGGCGGCAGCGCCGUCUAUUUCGCGGCUAGAAGUGAUCUCUUGGCAGCCGUUGCGCUAGCUCGAUUUGUCACCGACAAUCCCAAUCGAGAGCAAUCGCGGCUUGGAAUCACCGUAAUAUUUCUUCCUCUCCCCCUUUCUUGUGAGGUCGUGGCGCCGUAGAGCUGGAGGUGAUCGAUACAGCAUGGUGAAGUUCGUCAAGAAGAAGUCGAGGGUGAGGCGGCCGAGUGCUCGCAAACGCGAGAGCCGCAAGGUUUACAGAUAGAUGGAAUAAUCUGCGCGUUGCCUCGCGAUCGAUCGCUGGUCGAGGGACAAGAGCAAGGGAGGGAGGGAUGGAUCCCACCGUAGUGAGGAUGGGGCUCAAGAACGUAUCGCCGCCCAGGAAGAGCGCCUCCCCGAGCCGGAUUGGCAAGUUCGAGCUGGGGAGGACGCUGGGAGAAGGCACAUUUGCCAAGGUGAGGUUUGCGAGGAACGUCGAGACUGGCGAACACGUUGCCGUCAAGGUGCUUGACAAGGAGAAGAUCCUCAAGCACAGGAUGGUCGAACAGAUCAAACGAGAAAUUUCGACGAUGAAGAUGGUGAAGCACCCAAACAUUGUACAGCUUCAUGAGGUUCUGGCCAGCAAGACGAAAAUCUACCUCGUACUCGAGUUCGUUGAAGGUGGUGAGCUCUUUGGCAAAAUUGUGAAGCACGGCAGGCUCAAAGAGUCUUAUGCCAGGAGGUACUUCCAGCAGCUUAUAAAUGCCGUAGAUUACUGCCACAGUCUCGGCGUCUACCACCGGGACCUCAAGCCUGAGAAUCUGCUCCUAGACUCAAAUGGCAAUUUGAAGGUGUCCGAUUUCGGACUCAGCGCGUUGCCUCAACAGUUUCGGGCUGACGGCUUGCUGCACACAACAUGUGGGACACCCAACUAUGUUGCACCAGAAGUUAUUAGCAACAAGGGGUAUGAUGGUGCUCCAGCGGAUUUGUGGUCAUGCGGGGUCAUUCUUUAUGUCCUAAUGGCCGGGUUCUUGCCGUUCGAGGAUUCAAAUAUUAUGAACCUGUACAGAAAGAUCUUUCGGGCCGAGUUUAAAGUUCCAUCGUGGUUUAGCCCCGGUGUUCGUAAGCUGCUCGCGCAGUUGCUACAUCCAAAUCCGAAAAAGCGCAUCACAAUACCGCAAAUUCUGGAAAACGAAUGGUUUAAGAAGGACUACAAGCCCGCAAAGCUUCACCACGAGGAAGAUGUGGUUGUAGGGGACGUGGAGAGCAUUUUCAACGAAUCAGGGGAGCACACCGGCGCCGGCUCCUCGGCAAAGCCAGGCUUGAUCAAUGCGUUCGAGCUUAUCUCCAUGUCAUCGGGACUCGACCUCUCUGGCCUGUUCGAGAAGCAACAGGAACCUGUAAAGCAAGAGACUAGAUUUACGUCGAUGCAUUCCGCAAAGGAGAUCAUCUCGAAGAUAGAGGAGACCGCCAAGCCGCUCGGACUGGAUGUCCAACAAAAGCAAAACUUCAAGAUGAAGCUACGAAAGUCGAGCUCGCUGGGAAAGAGCUUCUUGUCCAUCUCCACGGAGGUGUUUGAAGUGAGCCCGGAACUCUACAUGGUGGAGCUGAGGAAGUCAGAGGGCGACACACUCGAGUACCGCACGUUUUACAAGAGCUUGUCCUCGAGCUUGAAGGACAUCAUCUGGUCAUCAGACGACGAUUUGCUGGCGACUUGAAAGCCACGCUCGGUUCUUUUUUCGUGUUUUUCAUCUUCUUCCUCCUUUUUUUGCGCGAAGGGUCGUCACUUUGUACCAUAGCCGGAUCGAAAAAAGAUCGUCAAAAGAUCGUCAAAAGAUUCAUUUUGUCGAGAAAGGAAGAUACACACACAACACAUAUACUGUAAAAAGAGAAAAUAUAUUCCUUUUUUUUCUGA